GGCCACAUCACAAACAGGUGAUGGAAGAGGACAAGCCAUGCGCUCUGAUCUCAGAGCUGUGGAGUGAGCAUACCUACCUGAAGGAGCUGAGUGACCUGCUGAAACAAAACUUCCACACCAUCAGCUACAGAGAGUUCCUCCAAAAUCCUGCUCUUCAUGCCCCUAAAAUCCAGGCUAUUUUCAUGUGGGCCCCAAGUUCUGCAGCUGAGCCCUCACUGCUUCGAUCCCUUCCCUCCCUGAAGGUGAUCGCCAAUGGAGGUGUGGGCGUCGACCACCUGGAUCUGCCGUUCAUCGCCAGUCUUGGGGUGAAGGUCACUAACACACCGGGUGUGGUCAGCAAUGCCACUGCAGAUAUUGGAAUGGGUUUGCUUCUGGCAUCAGCACGGAAGAUUGUCCAGGGUCACCAAGUAGCUGUGGACCCUAAGACUAAUAAUUUAUCAUCCAAUCUGAUGGGAUUUGAAGUCACAGGAUCCACUCUGGGAAUCAUAGGAAUGGGACACAUUGGCUACAAAAUAGCCCAAAGAGGCAAAGGCUUUGAGAUGAAGAUCCUGUAUUACAACCGGAGCAGAAGAAGUGAUGAAGAUGAGAGGGCGGUGGGGGCGACUUACUGUGAGAACAUGGACGACCUGCUGAGGAGGUCGGACUUUGUCAUGUUGGCUGUGAACCUGACCCCUGAAACCACAGGUCUCAUCGGCCAAAGAGAGCUGUCUCUUAUGAAGCCCACAGCAACUCUGGUCAACGUUAGCAGAGGUCUGGUUGUGGACCAGGAUGCCCUGGUCAAAGCUCUGCAGUCUGGGACGAUUCAUGCAGCAGCCUUAGACGUGACUCACCCUGAACCUUUACCAAGGGAUCAUCCUCUCCUCGGCCUGCCGAAUGUGCUGAUAACCCCUCAUGUUGGCACCGAUACCUACCAAACAACAAGGAGGAUGGUGGAGGUGGUGGUCGAAAAUGCCCAGGCUGCAUUGAAUGGCCUGCCGAUCCCAAAUGAAGUGAAAUCUCAGUGA